AUGCUCGCGACCGACCAGCGCCCGCCGCUCCCAACCAUGCCGUCGACCCCGGGGCCGGACGUCCCGGGCGGGUACCCGCGCACCAGCGUCGUCUUCGCAGGCAACCGCUGGGACCGCCCUGCGAACAGCGAUGCCAGCGGGGGGCUGGGGUCGUACUUCUAUCUGCCGAAGGGUGUGGCGUCGUAUUUCCACCACCCGCCGGGGCUGUCGACCACCGCGUCGGUGAGGGGCAGCGCGUCGGCGCCGGGGACGCCGGCGGAGAUGGGCGGUGUGGGCCAACUGAGCGCGCCGCGGACGCCGUACCCGCUGAACACCGACGGAAGCGUGGCGAGCGAUAUCAGCACGCGCGCGAUCGCGAGUGAGUCCGCGAAGGCGUCGACAUGUGGGCCGAUGACGCCGGUGCCGGUGCCGGUCGCGGAGGAGAUCGUGUCUCCGCCUGCCAGCGACAGUGGAGCUACGCAAAAUACGCUUGCUACGGAGGACCGCCCCGUCGAGCAGUCGCAUCCUCAACAGCCUGCUGAGCCACAGCCGGCACCUCUCCCGGCCGCGCCUGCCCCGCUUCCUGCGGAACCCAUCCCCGCGGUCGCCCCGCUCGCCGGCCUCGCCGCAUUCGCCCACAAACCUGCCCCCGUCGACGCCAGCGCCAACGCCAACACAGCUCCUCCCUUGAACGCCCACCCCUCCCCGCCUUCCAGCCCCGCCUCCAAUAAUACCAGCCCACACGGCAGCCCCUCCACCGCCCCCUCCUCCGAGUCGCCCGCCUCCCCCCUGGCGCGCUGGGCCGCCGUCGACGAUAAAACCUCCCCGUCGCACGCGACCCCCGGGCUCCUCGGGCGCUUCGCCUCCGUGCGCCGCGGCCAUCGCAAAACCGCCUCCGAGUCGGCCCCUCCAUCGGCCUUCGGCGCGCUCUCCCGCACGCCGCGCAUGCCGUCGCGCGACAUCACCGGUGACGGGAAGGAGGCGGCGGAGAAGCCGCGCCGCACGCGCUCGCUCAUGCGCGCGCUCCGCGGCGAGGCGACGGUCCUCGCCGGCCGCGUCACGCGCGACGCGGGCAGGGUCGCGGCGGGGCGGCGCAUGGUGCGCGAGGCGUAG